AUGGCAGGCUUCGGCGACAUCCUCUGUGCUAUCGGAGAUUUUGGGCUCUUUCAGAAGCUUCUGCUGAUGGGCCUCUGUUAUCCCAGCGUCAUGCUGGCUUUCCAGAUCUACAGCCUGUUGUUCACGCAGGCGGGCAGCUCGUACCACUGCAACACUGACUGGAUUCUCCAAGACAACCCCAACCUGACCACAGGGGAGCAGCUCAACCUCACGGUACCCAGGAAGGAGGAUGGCUCUUUGGACAAGUGUCGCAUGUUCACCCCCACGGACUGGGACAUUGAUGACAUCAGGGAGCACGGGCUCAACGAGACCACCGGCUGCAUUAACGGAUGGGUGUACGACACCUCCUUGUUCCAGAGCUCCAUCGUCUCCGAAUUUGACCUCGUCUGUGACAAAGCGUUCUUGCUGGGAGUUGGACAAACCGUGUAUAUGGCUGGUAUUCUUUGUGGCACCAUCACGUUUGGGGCUCUCGCAGAUAUAUUUGGGCGAAAACGAGCAACUCAGAUGCCACUCUUAUUACUGACUGUUUUCGUAACGGCAACUGCAUUUGCUCCAAACUUGUAUUUGUACAUGGUUUUCCAGUUUGUGGCUAGUAUGUCAUACGGAGGCUUUCGAGUUAAUGGCAUCGUGUUAGCGGCAGAGUGGCUCGGGGUGACAAAGCGAUCCUUAGCCUCUUGUUUCAGCCAAGUUAUGGGGGGUGUUGGACAGUGUGUCAUGGCUGGGAUUGCGUACUUCAUCCGUCGAUGGAGAAUCGCUCAGCUGGCCUUGGCAUCCUCUAUGUUGCCUGUCAUCAUCUACGUAUGGUGGAUUCCGGAGUCUGCAAGGUGGUUGCUCGGUCACGGUAGAACCGAAGAAGCAAAUAAACUGAUUCUCAUGGCUGCAUCGGUCAACAAACGUACCGUUCCGAGCCAAAUCCUCGACAAGGUUGUUACACAGAAGAAAGGAAAUGCAGUGACUAUAAAAGAUCUCUUUGCAUCACCGAUCCUUAGAAAAUAUUUUUUAAUUUUAUCAUUUGCAUGGUUUUCUCUAGCACUUGCCUAUAACUGUUUCAACUUAAACGUUGGAAACUUUGGCCUGAAUAUCUUCCUGAUGCAACUCAUCUUUGGCUUGACUGACAUACCAGGUCACAUACUUUGCAUCUGGUUACUAGAAGCUCUGGGAAGAAAAAUAUCUUUUGCAUCCACUCUUAUUUUUGGUGGAUGCAUUUCUCUGCUAACAUUGGCUUUUUCAGAAGACAGCGUAAUUGCAGUUGUUGCCUUUGUGACAACUGGGAGGGUUUUUAUGAACUGGGCAGGAACCAUCUGCAAUGUCUACAUUCAAGAGUUGUUCCCCACGUCCUUCCGCCAAAGAGCCAUCAGUAUGGCUUCCAUAGCAUACAGAGUAGCACCCGUGUUGGCUCCCUUGGUGAACUCCCUGGUGAUGUACCACAGGGCUGCACCCACGCUGGUGUACGGCAUCCUUCCUGUGGUCAGCGGCUCUCUGUGCCUCCUGCUGCCUGAGACCCGUAGGACGGAUCUGCCGGACACCACCGAGCAGCUGGAAGAGCGGGAUACGAAGGCCAUGGAUGUCCCUGAUGCCAAUGAUCAAAAUGUAAUAUCAACCAAACUGUAACAGCACUG